AUGCCUGAAAAAAAAAAUGGAGAAAUUAUACUUACAAACACUUUUUGUGCAACAGAUAAUGAAAAAAUAAUUUCAGUGUUGGAAUUUAACAAUGUAAAAAUUCAGGGAUAUAUAAGAAAUAUAAGAAUAGAAGAUUUAAAAUAUCUGAGAAGUAUCGAAACAUUAAAUUUAGCAAACUUUUAUUUAUUAUAUUUUUAUUUAAAAGAUAUAUAUUACAUUUUUUUUCAUUUUAUUUGUGACGUAAAUAAAGACAAUAUAGUUAUCCUAAAAAAAAAAGACGAAAUAAAAAACUACUUCAUAUUUAAUACCAAAAUUGAAAAUUAUGAUAUUUUCAUAAAUUCACUAAAACUUUUAUUUGAAAAAAAUUGGGAAACAAAUAAAAGGCCUAUCAUAUUGGAUGGCCAAAAAGGUUCACCACAAUGUGCAGAUACAAAUGAUGCAAAUAAUAAAAAUGGAAAAAAUGGAAAAAAUGGAAAAAAUGAACCAAAUGAAAAAGUAGUUCCUCCCCCAUACAUAAACCAUCUUUUAGACACAAUGUAUACAAAAGAUAAAAUGGAAAUAAAUAAUAUAGAUAAAUUAAUAAAUGAUAAAAUAAAAAAAGAAAAUAUAUUUGAAAGUAAUUUUGUUAAAUUGAACAAUAAUUUUUCUAUCUAUAAGUUAUCAUAUCUAUAUUUUAAUGACAAAUUAAAACGAAUAAGAUUGGAUUAUAACUUUCAUUUAAUAUUAUCAAAUAAAAUUCGAUAUAAAAAACAAAAUAAAAAAAAUUUAGAAAAAAAAAACAAACAAAAUAUGUCAAUACUUGAAGAUACCGAACAAAAUUUUUUUCAUAUAUAUGAGCGGCUAUUUUUAUUGUAUGUCUCACAUUUUAAGUAUUAUAUUUUUUCCUUUUUUCUGUAUUUUUAUAUAAAAUAUACAAAUACCAGUUAUCUGGUUGAUUCUAACAAGAAUGAACCAUAUUACCAUAAUAAUAGAAACAGUACCAAUAAAAGUAGAAGCAAUAGAAGCAGUAACAGUUUCGAAUUUCUGUACAAUCAUGAUGAUAAUUUAAAAAAUCUUAGCAGCGUUAUAUCUCACAUUUUAACAUUUAUAAACAAUGUUUUAAAUAAUCUAAAUAAUUUAUUAAAUGAAAAAAAAAUAUCUAUUGAUAAGGACAAAUCAUUACAAGGAGAAAAUUCAGAACAUAAAAUAUAUACUAUUAAAAUAAUUAAUAAAAUGUUAAAAACAAAAUUAUUUUUUAAAUAUAUAAAAAUAGAACAUAUUGACCUUACAUUGUCAUGUAUUGUUUUGGUUAAUAUAUAUAGCCAAGAUUAUGCACAUUCAUAUUUUUAUUUAAAUAACAUUUAUACUAACUUGAUGCAUGCCUUUCCAAAAUAUAACGCAUCAAUAUCUCUAUGGAAACAUUUGCGGCGAGCAAACUACUUCCGUUUCUUUACGGAGAUGGAGAAGAUAUCUUUAAUAGAACGAUUCUCACUUUUUUUUAACAUAAAAAAUAUUCGAUUAGAUUAUUUAUAUAGUAUUUUAAAAUCAGCAAAUAACAGGAAUAAAUAUUCUAUCAAUAUAAAAUUAAUUGACGAAUGUUUAUAUUUCCACAACAUAGAAAGGACAAGACAUUUUUUAAAUUGUUUACAAAUUCAAAUAAAAAAUGAGAAAAUGUCUUUUAAUAUGUCUAAUCGGGAAGCUAUAGAAAGUAGUGAUAGGUGUUUUUUAUUAGAUAAUAAAAAUGAAUGCAUUCAAAAUUUUUUUAAAACAUAUAAAGAGUCCAUUGAAGAUUAUACUUAUAUUAUAUAUCAGGAAAAAAAAUUUGAUCAUCAAAAAUGUUUUUCUAAAUUUGACAUAUCCAAUAUCAUUUGCUUUGGAUUGUAA